AGAGAGUCGCCGUCAAAAUCAUGGACAAGAUGCGUCUGGAUAAGAAGAGCGGGCCCAUGAUGGUGUCAGAGAUCAGCUGCAUGGAGAAGCUGUGCCACCCCAACAUCGUGCGUCUGUACGAGGUGAUGGAGACCAGCAGGAAGCUGUACCUGGUGAUGGAGUACGGCAGCAGUGGAGACCUCUUCUCCAGAAUCACCACCAGAGGGAAGCUCAACGACCUGGAGAGCAAGAUGGUGUUCGCUCAAGUCAUCUCUGCUGUGAAGCACAUGCACGACAACCACAUCGUGCACAGAGACCUGAAGCCAGAGAAUGUUUUCUACACCACCAGCCACUGCAUCAAGGUGGGAGACUUCGGCUUCAGCACGGAGACCCGGCCUAACGAACUGCUCACUAACUUCUGCGGCUCCCCUCCGUACGCUGCUCCUGAACUCUUCAAGGACAAAGGGUACGUCGGAUACUACUCGGACGUCUGGGCUUUGGGUAUUCUGUUAUACUUCAUGCUGACGGCCACUCUGCCUUUCUGCGGGGAGAAAAUGGGGCGUUUGAAGCGCAGCAUCCUCCAGGGGGCUUACAGCAUGCCUGCGUAUGUGCCGGACCCCUGCCAGCUGGUGAUUAAAGGCAUGCUGCGACCUGUGCCUAUCGACCGCUCCACUCUCACGCAGAUUUUAAACAGUACGUGGCUAACAGGGAUCGACUACCCUCCCCCUUAUGUGACGCUGCCCCUCUCCCCGGCUCAUUUCCUCCAGGCGAACCAGACUCUGAGCGUGGAGGAGGCGGAGGUGAAGAGCUCUCUGUCAGACCUGGGGAUUGUGACGGUGCAUUUACAGAACAAUCAGUGUGUAGACUGCAAGAGUCCUCUGACGGGGACCUACAGGAUCCUGCUCCAUCGGGUCCAGAAGAGGAGGUCCGUGGAGGCCGUGGGGUAUUCAGCGCUCCACCCUGAUGAGUACGGGACCUCCAAACAGUGGUCUAUAGCUCCUGUGGACAAACACGAUCCCUCCGCUGUCUGUGUUGUGCUGUGAAGAGAAAGAGUGGUGCAGACGCGAGUCCUAAACCCCGGAAAAGACUUGUCGCAUGUCUUGAAGUCAACGUUUUUUCAUACCUGGUUGUGGCUAGAAACCUAAAAUAAGGACUCAGAUAUUUGUUCUACAACAUAAAAUACCUCACACAGCUUGUGAAUGUCAAAAGCUUCUACAUGUCAUAAAACAGCGGUUGCUAACAAGUGACUUUAUAAACUACUAAACCUCAUCAAGCUUAGCGGUGGUGACACUAAUGUGAGCAGGAUGUAGGUCGUUGAUAGUCCACCUGCUUCCACUCCCACUGCUAUUUAUUUCAUUUUCACUUUAUUAUUUGCCCUUCUUGUUUGUUUGUUUGUUCACAGCAUGUAAACCGGCCUUGGGUCUCUUGAAAGGCGCUAUCAAAAUGUCAUCUAUUGUUAUUAUUAUAGCGAUUGAGUCUUAAAGUGGUGCUAAUAUAAGGAGAUGAUCCUGCCGAACAAAACGUUUUAAGUAUCAUGAACCACAAAGCUUAUUUUCUGCGUCUUUUUCCUAGGGACCCCUCACCGAUGCUAAUUUAUGGGACCAGCUACAAAAGGACUUCAUCACUACACUACUGUAUAACUGGACUUAUCACUUACACAUGUGCCCAUUUGUUGGCUAACACUCCUUCCAUCACGUCAGGCUCCUUUUAUCCGCGAGGCUUUGUGUGACCUGUUGAGAAACGCUGCAGUUGUGUUGUGCAACGCUCGAAUGAAAUGGAUCCAAAUGGAGGUCCGGGAUCUUCUGUUCUUCUGUGUAAGUCAAUCACGGCUCACGCUCGAGGGCACAUCUUCUCAGUAAUCAGCUAUGGCUUUGUGUCAUGAUUACAUCACCGAUAACAGCUAAGUGACGCAGGUGUAUCAAUCUCUGUAUGAUUAUCAGCCUCUUCAGUGCAUACAUCUACUGAACUAAUCCGGGGCUGCGGGUAAUCCUGAUGAAAUGGACACUGAGGACAUGCUUAGGUAACAGAAACGAAACCUGAGACUGGAAAAAUGUCCUGGGGUGAAAAUAAUGUAGAGCAAAAUUGGAACCACAUGAGGCAAGGACAAUGGACAACGUGUAAAACUACUCCUCUCAAUGUGUGUUAAAGCUCACCUAUUAUGCUAUAUUUGAACAAUAUAUUAUAGGGCCAUAUCGUGAAAGAGAGAGGGUUGUAUUUUCUGACACUUUGUGAGUCUCCUGGGACACAUAAUGUA